UGCCUUAUUCAGUUACCGAGAUGACUUUAUAGUGAAGGAUAUACAAACACCGGUUCUUUAAAAACCCACGACCGCUGUGACGAAACGCUCGUCUUCUUUACAAGGUUUACUUACGAGAUGUCAGAAUACUAUAACCAAGAACGCAAUCAAGGCGAAUCUCAAAGCUACCAAGGUGGUGGUGGUCAAUAUGGUCGCCAGCAAGAAAACGAACAGUAUGGUGGUCAACAGGGUUACCAACAGGGCGGUCAACAAGGCUACCAACAAGAAUACCAACAAGGUGGCCAGCAAGAAUACCAACAAGGUGGCCAGCAAGACAAGGGAAUGUUCUCGUCCAUUCUCUCCCAGUUCACUGGUGGUGGUGAUAAUGAUGAUGCUCCACAUAACCGCCCUGCUGGCCAAGAAGAAAUCCAGCAAGCCGCUAACGCUCAUCAACAAAUUUAUAACGAGUCUCCCCAGGGUCAACCCAGCUCCGAGCACUCCUCAAGCGACCUCGGUUCAGCUGCUGCUAUGCAAGCUAUGAAGAUGUUCUCCGGAGGUGGCGGUGGCGGUGGCAGCAGCGAGCUUAUUGGUCUUGCUAUGGGUGAAGCUACCAAACUAUUCAACGCUCAAGGUGGUGGUGGUGACAAGAACGCUAUCGUUUCAUCUGCUGCUCAAAUGGCCAUGAAGUUCUACAUCAGCAAGCAGAUGGGUGGUGGCGACAGCGGUAGCGGUGGCCUUGGAUCUAUUAUGGGAAUGCUUGGCGGUGGUGGCGGCGGUGGUGGUGGCAUGGCCUCCAGCUUGAUUAGCAAACUUUUGUAGUUUUAAAUAAAGCCUUAUAGAUGUUUCAUCACAUCUACUACAUGGAAACGAUUUAUAACUACUGCUCAUGUGAAAUGUAGCCUCUGCCGAUUAUUUUUUAUAAAAUCCGACUUACACAUACUUUCCCCA